AAAUCAUAAAAAUAAUCGGCAAACUUUGGCAGAAGCUUUAUUCUGAACCCAACAUGCACUGGCGUCUAACUGUUUUAUUUUUUGCGAGUGCCCAAUUGUCAGAAGGAUGUCUUCCCAUGGUACCACCUGAAGAGCCGGUUACACCAGUCCCCGUGUGCCCAGCUGGAUGGUUCCAAUUUCAACGUGCCACUGGAUUAUGGUGCUACAUAUUUGCUACUCCCGGCGCUGGAUGGACUACUCCUCAAGCGGCUUGUCAGGCCAACUACGGUGCUAAUCUAAACGGAUUUGAAAGUGCAGCAGAACGGACUCAAUUUAUUCAAGACAUGUUGGCAAGCAACCUGGCACCAUACACCUUUGUUCACAUUGGAGCAAUGAGACAGUGUGCACCAUGCACUGUAAAUGACCCUUUCGUCUGGCUAAAUGGAGUAUCCAACGACAAUACAUUUGCAAAUGACUACGACAGUCUGUACGAUUUAACCGGAGACUGUUUAUCCAUGGAUCUUGGCAAUAAUGGACAGUACAAUGACAUCACCUGUGAUGCCGAGACAGCUUAUAGUUGUGGAAAACCUGCGGCAUAAUUUAAACUUUUUCGUUUUUUGUAUAAAUCUUAUUUAUUUUCUAUAAUAAUACAAUCUAAAUUGACAACACUUCUUUGCUCAUUUUACUAAUAUGAAAGUGAGCAGAAAAUGUUGUGGUAUGUAUCUUACGCUCAAUGAAUUCAGGA